AUGAAACAAUUAAAUUUAAAGGAAAAGUUGACUUUCCCUCAGGGUAAUUCAGUGUUGUAUCGUUAUUUUAUGCUUAUUCAAUACUUUAUUUAUAAAACACUCGGAUUGGCGCCAUGGGCAGCCAAUAAUUACGGGGUAAUUUAUAAAAACCCAGAUAUAAGUGACAAAAAUGAUUUGUGCAAAAUUUCGUACGUCGGUUCAUGUUACAAUAUUUUGUUGUUUUUACUCAUUUCUUUACUUUGUUUAUUUUUCGACGUCAAUGAAUCAUAUCUUAAUACUAGUCUUGGCUCAAUAUUGGAAAUCACUUCAGUUAAAUUUUUGAUGACUUCAAUAUUAUUUACAAGUUUAAUUCCAAUUAUUUAUAUUGUCCGACAAAAAUUGUUAAUAAGUGUUUUUAAUCGAUUGAAUGAAGUCGAUAAGAAGUUGAAUAAAUGUGGGAAUUGUGUUGUGGAAAAUGACUAUAGAAAUUGUUUGGUAUUUACUCUUAAUUUUUUUAUGAUGGCUGCUAUAAUAAUAAUAAUGAUGACGUAUUCUUCGUUAUCAAUGCCAAUGGUAAUUCUUAGAAAUUCAGCGACUACUAUUGGCGGUGCUGUAAUGGUUCAAUACGGGAUGAUUAUUAGUACGAUAAAUAAACGAUUUAAAAUAAUAAAUUUGAAAAUUUCAAAUUUGGGUAACAUCAGAAAUAAUUUUCCUCAAACACUAGAGCCAUCUGUGAUUCAAAUCUUGCCGUCAAAUGAAUCAGUUCUCGUUGAUGUUGGAAAUCUUAAGAAUACUUACAUCGAAUUGUGUGAAGUGUGUGAGGAUAUUGACAAUUUCUAUGGUCUACCGAUUUUGAUCUCCAUUUUUUUCAACGGUACUCGGAGCAUAUUUAUUCUAUACUUUUUGGGUUUAGAAUUAAUGGGAGUCGAAAAACAAAAUAACGUUAUACCGUACCAACUUGGAACAUUUUUGACCCGUAAUGUUUUGUUAUUCACGGUGUUAACUUCCGGUGUUACAUCACUACUCAAACAGACUCAAAAAACAAAGAAAAUUGUCAAUUUACUUACGGAUCGAUUUUCCGUGGAUCGUAAAAUUGAAAAAAAAUUGGCUAAAUUUUCGAGUGAUCUCUCAGAUUUGAAGAUUCACUUCAGCGCUUGUAAUAUUUUGCCUUUAGAUCGCACACUUUUGACAAUCGUAAGUUAA